UCACGGGUCAAUUGUGAAGUUAAACAUUACUAGUCUAGUGUGCUGCUAGUCGAGGACAGGGCUGACUUUUCUCUGAUCUUUAAGAGUCAACGUAACUUCUUGGGACUUAAUAUACAUCGUGACCGGCCUGUGUGCUGACACUGACAGAGAUCUCACCAUGCCGAGUCUUCUGAGGAUCACUGCAGUCGCCGUCUUGGCGGCAGCUAUGCUGUACGUGCCAUGGUGGCUGUUGUUUGUCCUUGCAGCAGUGCUGUACGUGCCAGCACGCCGGUGGGCAGCAGGAGGGGUGUGCGAGAGUCGGGCCAGGCUGGACGGCAAGACUGUCAUCAUCACAGGAGCGAACACGGGCAUCGGCAAGGUCACGGCAAGAGACAUGGCGGAGAGAGGUGCGCGCGUGAUUCUGGCCUGCAGAAGUCUGGAGAAAGCGGAGGAGGCCGCUAAAGAAAUCCGCAGCCAGACGGGAAACAAGAACGUCGCCGUGCACAAACUUGACCUUGCCUCUCUGACGUCAGUCAGACAGUUUGCGAAGGUCAUCAACGACGCUGAGCCACGAUUGGACGUCCUCAUCAACAAUGCAGGUGUGAUGGGGUGUCCGCGGUGGGAGACUGAGGACGGGUUUGAGAUGCAGCUCGGAGUGAACCACCUGGGCCACUUCCUCCUCACCAACCUCCUCCUGGACAAGCUCAAACAGUCCGCGCCCAGCCGGGUCGUCACCGUCUCAUCUCUCGUGCACGCCUUCCCCAGCGGCAUGGACUUCGACGACAUCAACUACGAAAAGGACUACAGUCCGAACAAGGCGUACGACCGCAGCAAGCUGGCUAACGUGCUGUUUUCCAGGGAGCUCGCGAAGAGAUUGAAAGGCACCGGAGUCACGUCGAAUUGCCUUCAUCCCGGAGUGAUCAUGGGAUCAGAACUGAUGCGGUUCCAGCGGGAACAAUGGCAAAAAAAGUUCGGAGAACUGGUGGCCGCCGCGCUGUCGAAGCUGGUCGGGGGAGUGUUCUCCGUGUUCGGUAAGACCGUGGAGCAGGGCGCGCAGACCAGCAUCUGCCUGGCGGUGGCGGAGGAGCUGGAGAAGACGACCGGGCUGUACUUCAGUGACUGCGUGCCCAAGGAGACGUCAGCGGCAGGCAAGGAUGACGAGGCAGCCGCCAGACUCUGGGGCGUCAGCGAGAGGAUGGUCGGACUCAAGUCAGCUACCUAGUGGUCACAUUACAAUUUCAAUAAAGUCAACGUCAAGAUGAACGAAGACCUGUAUUGUGCAUACAUUAAGUUACAUACCCACUGGGUUAGGUAGAAGUCACAAGCAGGAUAGUUCAUAGCAGUAUAUCAUUUUAGAUAUACAUACUCGAGCCAAUAGUGCUUUAGUCUAGUAAUGAAACCCGACUUCUCGCUUCUUUGUGAUGUUAAAAAUGUAAGAGUAGACAUGUUUUAUGAUCAGAGGUUUGUCUCAACUCAUCAGAAAUAUGAAUAUAAAUCUGUCCUUAUGUCUUAGGUGUAUGAAGUAUGGAAAUGGUGAUUGUAUUUGUCUGUAGCUAUUAAGUUCAACUCUAUCAUUGUUGUACAAAUUACAUUCUACGACAAAAUGAUGUUCAUUUUCUAUUCUAUCUAGAUUACAGUAUCGUUAUGAUGUCAAGAGAAUGCAUCGCUCUACAGAGAAUUUCUCAUAUGUCCUGUUCUGCAUCUGG